GUAAAAAAAAAUCUACUGCUCCUCCCGCACAGUAUAAUUUCCUACUUUCUCCUCCAACGCAGAGUAACUGAAUUUGGCGCCAAAAAUGUCUACCACUAAACCCUUAGUACUGUAACCUAAAACCGCCCAUUUUGCAGAGAGAACUUUUCCGGCAAGAUGCCUACUCGAUUUUUCUGCGCCGCGGCGGCGGCCGCCGCCGCCGCCGUCGUCUUCGCGCACCUCUUCUACUCCAUCUCCGCCACCACCGUCGGCGUCACGUACAAUCCUUCCGCUCCGAACCUGCCGCCGCCGGAACGCGUGAUCUCGACUCUCAUGGCUCUCCGAAUCUCCGCCGUCCAACUCAUCGAGCCGACCCCCGCCGCCGUCCGCGCCUUCUCCUACACCAAUAUCAGCCUCCUCAUCUCCGUCCCUAACCGCCUCAUCCCCACCUUCGCCGCCAACCGCUCCUCGGCGGACCUCUGGGUUCGCUCCUUCGUAUUACCAUUCUACCCUCGCACUCGAAUUUCCCUAAUCUCCGCCGGCUCCGACGCCAUAACCUCCGUUUCGAUCACCGAUCCGACCGUCGACACCUCGACGGUGCUCCUCCCGGCGCUGCGCAACCUCCGCCGCUCGCUCAUCGAUUUAGGGAUUCGAACCAUCCCUGUUUCCACGACCUUCUCUUUUAUCGACGUUAUGACGACGGCGUUUCCGCCGUCGGCCGCCGAGUUUCAAGAACCGAUCGGAUCUCUGAUCAUCCGCCCGCUGCUUCAAUUCCUGGACGAAAGCAACUCAUCCUUCCUGAUCAAUUUAUAUCCGUACAACGUCUACAGAAUCAACUCCGAGAUUCCGGUCGCCUUCGCCCUGUUUCAGGAACAUCCGUUCAAUUUCCGGGACGACGUCAUCACCGGAGUGCGGUACCGGAACCUGUUCGACAUGAUGGUGGACGCAGUGAUAGCAGCCAUGGCAGUUUCCGGUCAGGAGAACAUUCCGGUGAUCGUGGCUGAGACCGGUUGGCCUAGCGAUUCCGAGAGCCAGGCCGGAGGGAAUUACGCCGAGAUGUACCUGAAAGGUUUGGUUGCGCACCUGAGGUCGGGGAUCGGGACGCCGUUGAGUAAAGAUGGGGCAGCUGAGGCCUACAUUUACGAGCUGUUUGACGAUGAAGGCGGAACGAAUUCGACGGAAGAGGCGAAGGGUAAAACUGCGGCUGCGAUGAGCCGAGGCUCCGGGGCCGGGGCCGGACAGCGGUGGGGGAUCUUGUAUCCGAAUAUGACAUUGAAGUAUGAUCUUCCUUUCUCUGGUUCGUUGAGGGCUCUAAGUUUGGGUAGCAAAAGAUUGUUGGAGCUGUCUCUGGUGAGUUUUGUGCUGUUCUUGUUUACAGUGUGAAAAUUUGUUGGCUUUUUUGCUAAAAACUGCAGAAUCGAAUAGAAUUUCUUAGUGUAUUAAGCUGAUGGUUUUUUGUGAUUCUUUGAUUGAUUGGAUAGUGUCACUGAUUGCUGCUGUUGGUAGUGAUUUUGUUAGAAUUGGGGAUUGAAUUUUGCAAUUUGAGUCUGAUUUGACAACUUUUUCA